AUGCAAAACUCGGAAACACAAAUUUCAACGUUAGAUGACACAAUGAUCACAAAUCCCAAAAAACGUAGAAAUCUAUCUUUUUUAGUAGGAUUUAUACUUCGGAUGAUGAUGAUUGUGUAUAGUGUUUGGCAUGAUCGGAAUUUUAUGGUGAAGUACACGGAUGUGGAUUAUCAAGUUUUUACAGAUGCUGCAGAAUUUGUGGUGAAUGGAGAAUCUCCUUUUAAAAGAGGAACAUAUCGUUACACUCCAUUAUUAAGUUAUCUAAUGAUUCCAAACAUUUUAAUUCACCCCAUUAUGGGAAAAUUGUUAUUUUGUCUUGUAGAUUUACUGGUGGCAUGGCUGGUUUACGAAUUGUUACAAAUGAAUUUUAACAGGUUUUACCAAAAGGAAAAUCCAUGCAAUAACAUUAGUCUCAUUCUUACCAAUGCUACAGUUCUUUUGAAUCCAAUAUUAGUGAAUGUAUCGACUCGAGGUAAUGCCGAUCAAUGCAUUGUAUUAUUGGUUCUUCUUUCUCUCUAUUCAUUUCAGAAACGUCAACUCUUUCAAUCAAGUAUUUGGUUUGGACUCUCUGUGCACUUUAAAAUUUAUCCAAUCAUUUACUUGCCUACCAUUUUGAUAUAUAUUUACUUUUUCAUGGACUUUACAACAUUUUCACAGAAAACCAAAGCAUGUUUUUGGUAUUGUGUGUGGAGUGGAGGAACUUGCUUGACUCUUUUAAUUUUAUUUUAUCAAUUUUAUGGAUAUCAAUUCCUCUACGAGUCCUAUCUGUAUCAUGUGGUGAGGAGUGACAAUCGACACAAUUUUUCAAUUUAUUUCUAUUAUUUAUAUUUGGAUGGAGCAUUGAAGAGCUCAAAAAUUAUUUCUCUAUUGGCAUUUCUUCCUCAAUUUCUCUCUCUAUUGGCCCUUUCAUGGAAUACCACUCGAAGGAAUUUCUUUUGUACUAUUUUCUCUCAGACAUUUAUAUUUGUCAUGUUCAACAAAGUAUGCACAGUGCAAUAUUUUGUGUGGUUUAUUUCCAUAUUUGGUUUUACAUUACAGAGCUACUUUUAUGACAAGAUGAAAAAUGCAACCACACGUUUCUCUCUUCUCAUUGUACUCAUUUGGAUUGCUCUGUGGUUUAUUGGGCAAGGAGUUUGGCUCUCAACGGCCUAUCGAUUAGAAUUUUUGGGAGAAAAUACGUUCCGAGACAUUUGGAUGAGUAGUGUUCUUUUUUUCAUCAUUAAUACUGGAAUAGCUAUUUAUUUUAGACCAUUGUAA